AUGGCUGGAGAACACGGAAAUAACGACAGUUCUAGCGUUAACACCUUGCAAGCCGCCGUGGUAGAAAUACGGCGCUUACAGACACAGAUUGCGGCCAUCGAGGCCGAAGGGACACAUGAGAAAGAAAAAGCGAAAAUGAUCUCAGAAGAGGAGGAAGGAGAGAGCAUCAUGGAUGUACAGCCUUUGGCGCAGCACUUAUGGGAUACCCAAGUAAUGGAAGCAAUCAAGGUUCCUCACCUUCCUACCUUUGACGGAAAAACUGACCCUCGAGAGCAUCUGAUGGCAAUUGGAACACAAACCGCCAUAAUCAACGCUCCGGAACACCUGAAAUGUAAACUACUAGCCGGCACCUUCAAGGAUUUCGCCGGAUCGAAACACGUGAAAGUCACAUCAACUAGCCUUUUUUCCAUUCGCCAAAACCACGGCGAAUCAUUGCGUAGUUUUUUGGCCAGAUUUAGCGAAGCUACCAUUAAGGUCUCAAAUCCAAACCAGGAAAUGUUCGUGGCGGCCUUUCACAAUGGGCUAAAAGCAGGACAUUUCAACGAAUCCUUAGCCCAAAAACCAGCCUCGUCAAUGCAGGAAAUAAACAAGAGAGCGGAGUGUUAUAUAAAGGGUGAGGAGAGUAACGCCGAGAAAAGGCAAAGAGACGCCAAGGAGAGGGAGUAUAUGGGACGUGCUACCAAAGUGCCAGAACACCCGCGACCAAAAGCGGGAAACCAUCAAGGAGACCCAUGGCAAAGGCACCACGGUAAACCCUACCGUCAACCGCCCAGGAGAGAGUUCAGAAAUCACCCCGCCAAUGAAGACUUUACGCCAUUAAAUGCCUCAAAAGUUUACGUUUUAAAUGAAAUUCUGGCCAGUGGUUUGGCAAACCUCCCCCCAAAAAGAACCAACAACAUUCCAUUGGGGCUCAAUGAUAACGCCUGGUGCGCCUACCACAGGUGUAGAGGUCAUUCUACGGAAAAGUGCUUCCGCCUAAGAGAUUUAAUCGAAGAACUGAUUAAAAGCGGACACCUCCGGAGGUUCAUAGACGAUGCAGCUCAAGGCCGGGUCGUCGUGCCCAAAAUCCCCAGACAAGAGCCACGGGAUCCCCCAGGGCCAAGUAGAGAGCCUCCAAAGGAAAGGAUCUCUGUGAAUACAAUAGCAGGAGGAUUCUCAGGAGGAGGUGAGUCAAGCUCAGCAAGGAAAAGAUAUGUACGCCGAGCCAUCUCGGAGAUAUACCUCGUAAGACAACCCCAACCACUCGACGUUCCGGAUUUGGCAUUUACUGCAAAGGAUGGACUGGAGGUAGCGCCUCAUGAUGAUGACCCCUUAGUAAUACAAGUCCAAAUUCUGAACUGCGAUGUAAAGAGAGUAUUGAUCGACUCAGGGAGUUCAGCGGACAUUAUGUACUGGGAAGCUUUCAAGGCCAUGCAACUAGCGGAGGAGCAAUUGCAACCAUACGCAGGAGCUCUGGUUGGUUUUUCCGGAGAACAAGUAGAUGUAAUGGGCUACGCCUCACUACUCACUACCUUUGGAGAGGGUAGUAAUGCCAAAACUAUCAAAGUGCGAUAUCUGGUAGUCAAAACUCCUUUCACCUCCUACAACAUUAUCAUAGGAAGACCUACUUUUAACACAUUGGGGGCGGCCAUGUCCACUCUGUACCUAGCAAUUAAAUACCCUCUCGAUAACGGAGGAGUAGGAACAGUUAGAGGCGAUCAGAUCCUCGCCAAAAAAUGUUACGAGUCCAGCUUAAAGAUACGGCAUCGAGCAUCCAAUACAAAUGGAGCAUCCGAAAGAAGACAAGCCACAGUUCCGGGUGGCAUAAACAUCAUAGAAAAUUCAGACAUGGACCCAAGGGAAGAAUUUCAAGAUAGAAGGGUGAGCCCUAUAGAAGACCUGGAGCAAGUUCAAAUCGGCGAUCACCCACACCAGACAACCAGUUUAGGAACGGCGUUGCCCAAUGAGGAGAGAAGAAGAAUCAUCAAAAUCUUGAAGGACAACGCUGAUCUAUUUGCAUGGAAACCCUCAGAUAUGCCAGGGAUAGAUGAAGGGGUGAUAACACAUAAACUAUCAAUAUCACCCAACACAAAAACAGUCUCCCAAAGAAAAAGAAAGGUUGGGGAGGAAAGGCGAGCUGCAAUAGCGGAAGAAGUGGAGAAACUAAAGGAGGCUGGAUUCAUUGAAGAAAUAAAAUACCCCUCGUGGUUGGCAAACGUCGUCAUGGUGAAAAAGGCCAACGGAAAGUGGAGGAUGUGA